GUUUUCCCAGGAGAGAUACUCUGGGGCCUAGGGUGACACUGUCACAUGGUCACGUCCUCAUGGGAUUCCCUGGGGAAGAGCCCUCUCCCUCCACCCUGUGCCAGACAAGUCUCUGGUGGAGUCAGGGCAGAGGGGAGCAGCAGGAAGGGACAUCUUGAGGUGCUUCCACAUCUCGUCUUCUGUUCUUGGACACCUGGACAUGCUGCACACUUCACAGUUGGUGCUCCUGCUUCCAGCACACACAGGGAUUUCACAGCUAAAACCCUGCACAUUGUCACUGUCCCCAGUGCCACAGGACAUCCACACAUCAGGGAAGGGUGGGAGCUUUCCAUGAGGGGCUGAGUCCUCACUCUUGCAACUUCAUCUCCUCCCCCCUGUGCCAUGCAGGAGCUGCUGGACACGCUGCAGCAGGAGAAGCUGGCACUGGAGCAGUCCAUCCUGGAGCUGCAGGCAAACACAUCCCAACUGCAGGAACAGGCACAGGAGCUGAGGGAGCGGGAAAGGCUCCUGGUGUUCUUCCCCGAUCUCCACAUCCCCACUGAGAUGCAGUUUGAGAGCAGCGGGAACUUGACAGAGGACAUGGAGAGUCAGCUCCAGGCCAACACCAUCCGGAUCGAGGUGCUGGAGCGGGAGAACGCACAGCUCGAGGCUCUGCUCGCCAAGGUGAAGGCAGCAGCUGAGCAGGGCGUGCUCAAGCUUGUCCCAGAGGCCCAGCUGGGGUCCCAGCUCCACAGGGAGGCUGGCAGGCAGAACCCUGGGCGGCUCAGCAGUGGAAGCAGCAGGGACAGCACAGGGACGCCAGGAUGCACAGACAAGGCCUGGCAUGGAGCUGCCAGCAGCCACAACUCCAAACAACUCCAGGCAGAGCCCACAUCCCAGGCCAAACCCUGCCUAACGCUCUCAGUGCGACGCCUGGGGCUGGGCCCCCCCUCACACCACACUGGGGCUCACCACAAAUAAACACAGAUCAGUCUGAACUUCCCAACAGA